UAUUAUUGGCAAAUAUGCGUGAAUUUAAAGUUGUCGUUCUGGGGUCUGGAGGUGUUGGUAAAUCAGCCUUAACAGUGCAGUUUGUUUCCGGUUGUUUUAUAGAAAAAUAUGAUCCCACAAUAGAGGAUUUCUAUCGCAAAGAAAUUGAGGUUGACAGCUCACCAUGCGUUCUAGAGAUCUUAGAUACAGCGGGUACAGAGCAAUUUGCCUCAAUGCGAGAUUUAUAUAUCAAAAAUGGUCAUGGUUUUAUUGUCAUGUAUUCCCUAACAAAUCAUCAAACAUUUCAGGAUAUUUCCAGCAUGAAAAAUGUCAUAACACGAGUUAAAGGCAGCCAACCAGCUCCCAUAUUGCUAGUCGCUAAUAAAUUAGAUUUAGAUUGCCAAAGAGAAGUAUCAACUGCCGAAGGUGAUGCUUUGGCCCAAUUAUGGGAAUGCCCCUUCAUAGAAGCCUCCGCUAAAGAUCGUAUUAAUGUCAAUGAAGUAUUUGCAACAAUAGUCCGUGAAAUGAAUAUGACCCAGGAUAAAAGACAGAAAAAAAGUUAUUGUUGUUGUGCUCUUUUAUAGAAGGAUUCUGCUAAUUA